AUGGACAAGUUUAGAGAAAGCGUGGAGGCUUUUGAUUCAGAGUUUGCCGAUUUCGAGCAAAAGCACUUUGAGUACACUAGCCUCUGCGAAGAAAUUCGGUCAAAACAACAAUCCUGUCUUCAUGACAUCAAGCACUACAGGCUUUACAUACAAAUGCUAAUGAGGCAAAUGCAGGCCUUUCAAGACACAGACGAUAUACAUGAAGCCGUUGAAUUGGCAGUCAUUAGGGAUCGUUUUGAGGCGAAGAAGUUGAUACUUAGCGAGAUGGAACAGAGUCUGCCGAAGAAGAAUAGGCUAUACCUGAACGUGGUCCUUGGCGCUGUUAAUGUCUCCUUCACCACCAAACAAGAAAAAUUCGCCUACAAAAAUAAUUACGAAAACUUCAAAAUCAUCGUUUCUGGUAUUAUGGCGCUUUUUGCCCUGUUGCUGUACAUCUGUCCACCUAUACGUCUCAUGGACUCGCUAUUUCAUUUUCUACUUGUUUGGUAUUACUGCACACUGACAAUCCGUGAACAGAUCCUCAUUCAGAAUGGCUCUAAAAUCAAGGGCUGGUGGGCCACUUAUCAUUUCAUUCUUACGGCUCUCACAGCUGUCAUGCUGAUUUGGUAA